AUGAUGAUGACACUACCCAGACGUCAACUCUCAUGCCUUGUCUCCAUCCUCCUCUACCAUCACUUUGCAUUCGUUGCCAUUACACUAUGUGAUGCAUUUUGUGCUUCAACUAUCUCUCCAUCCACCAAGAAGCAGCUCUUGCAAGCUGUGACGCUCACCAAGCAAUCAGCAGCCAACAUUACCGUUGCACACUUAGCCUGUGAAACAUGGGGCAGUCUACUACAGCAAGAGAAUACAAUCACCAAACUGAAUCAAGAAAUCAGAGGCAUGUGUCUGGUUCUGUAUGGGUCAUGUCUGGUACGGACGGGACGAGAUGAUCAGGCCGUCGCAGAAUUUCAAAAGGCAUUGGAGCUCACGAGCUUAUUAUCGCCCGAACAUCGACAAGAAGCCGUUCUGGGUCGAGCUCGGGCCCUACAGAGGUUAUUGCAAUAUGAGCAAGCCAAAGAACAAUUCCUUCAACUCCCGUUUGUAGAAGAUGCCGUUUGUGGGGCUGCCACCUGUGCACUGCGCAUCGGUCGUGUCCAGGAUUCCGCCACGAUUUUGAGACAGUUUGUAAAAUCGCAACCAUUGUCAGCAGGGACGAGCCAAGCAAGGGAUAUGCUGCAAAUCAUUAACAUCUUGACAACUGGCAGUGAUGCUGAGCAAUCCAAGAAUAAUACAAUUAUUAGGAAAGACGCCGAGACACCAGCAGAUCCAGCCUCGACUUCGCUGCUCUACAAAUGGGUCCAUUGUAUUGCUCACAAACUAGGAUAUCAACCUCAGGAUGUUGAUCUGUCUGCCUAUCAAGGGACAACAGUGUCCUACUUGGAACUGGCCCAACUCAACACUUCACCCUUUGAUGAUCAUUUACUCGUAAAUCUGGACGACAAGGUACUUCUACACAAACUACUGAGCGGACAUCAACGCCAUCUCACUCGAGACUUUUGGCCAGAAGGAAUGGUAGACAAACGCGAAGUAGCAGCAGCAAACUUUGGCGACAAGAACAACGAUGGUGAUGAUCUUUGGAUCCACAAAGCGAGAAACGGGUACGGGAGCCAUGGAAACGUGGUGCUGACAUCCCGUGAUGCUCGGAAGAUGGCCCAAACAACUAUCAACGGAGAGAGUCUCUUGCAAAAGAUGGUACAGCCGGCUCUGUUGCUGCAAGGGCGGAAAUUUUCGCUGAGAAUCUACGUCGUCUACUUCAUGGGUGGCACCAAAGUAGGCAAAGCGUCUCCAGAUCUGCACAUCUCCUCAGCGGGCUUGGUCAAGAUGGCUUCCGUCCAGGCUAGUACUAGCACAGAGCUGAACUCGUUGGAUGUGCAGGUCCACAUGACCAAUUCAGGUCGAGAAUCGGAAAUGAUUCAACGGGAUCUAGACUACUUGCAGCACAUCUUUGAGACUAAUGGCUGGUCCUUUCAAGCUUUGUGGUCCAAGAUUUCCCGGGCAGUCCGAUCGAGUUUGGACAUUUACCAAGACACGGUGGUCUUUCAAACGGUUUUGUCUCCUGAGUAUCAGAGGUUGGCUCAGUUUGGCAUUCCCAAAAUCUUUGGUUUUGACUUUGUAGUCGAUGAAGCCAGGAAUCCCUGGCUCAUUGAAAUCAAUCGCUUCCCAGGUAUGGAGGCGCGAGAUGACAGCGACCAACCAGUGAAGCACCAAGUUUUGCGUGAUACCUGGAGACUGGCCAGCAUCAGAGCCAACUUGUCGGAUGCAGAGACGACGGCCCUGUUUGGGGAUAUGUUAUUAGUGGACGAUCAUCUGUCCUCCUGCCUGGAGCCUAUCCCCCAGGCCUGA